AUGACUGCGUUUAUUGAAAUCUGCCGAGUCGGGCCACCGCCCGAUUCUGCAGCCAAAUGUUCUCUACCUCUCACUUACCAAGACAUUUUUUGGCUGCAUUUUCACCCCAUUCGCCGCCUCCUAUUUUACGACCUUUCUUGCUCAAAACCCGAGUUUUCGGACAACCUCGUACCCAAGCUCAAGCACUCGCUAGCUCGAGUUCUCAAGCAGUACUUCCCUCUCGCCGGCAAAAUAGUAUACCCUUCAGACACGAGCGAAGAAGAUAAGCCCGUUAUCCGAUUCGAGCCCGGCGACUCUGUUCCGCUGGCGAUUUUCGAGUCGAAUGACGAUUUCGACCUUCUCGUCGGGAACCAACCCAGAGAAGCCGACUCAUUUUACGAUUAUAUCCCCCAAUUGCCGGAUAUAGCUAUAGACUCAUCCGGUCGAAAGCUUCUCAAGUUGCUUGCCCUGCAAGUAACUCUGUUUCCGGGCCGCGGCGUAUGCAUCGGUAUAGCCAAUCACCACGCGGCUGGCGAUGCAAGCUCGAUCGUGGGAUUUAUACGCGCUUGGGCUUCGACGUGUAAGCUCGAUCGAGCUAGGGAAUCUCACGAAGAUUAUUCUCUUCCGGUUUUUGACCGGUCAAUGAUUAAGGACCCGCGUGGAUUCGGCUCGUUCAUUUGGAACCGAGCGAAGAGAAAUCAGUUGACCCUUUCGCCUUUUCCCCUUCCGACGAAAAGGGUUCGGGCCACGUACAUUGUGAGUCGAGCCCAAAUCGAGAAACUCAAGGAUCUCGUGUCGGCCGAGGUUCCGAGCUUUGUCCACCUGUCGUCUUUUGUGGUGACGUCAGCGUACGCGUGGACGUGUCUUGCGAAAUCCCUUUCGGCUGUCGAGGAAGAAGAGAAGAGUCGAGUAGGUGGCAAUGAUGACGUAGAAUUUUUCAUGUUUACGGCUGAUAUCCGAGCGCGGGUCGACCCACCGGUGCCCGGGAAUUACUUUGGUAACUUCUUGUCGGGCGGGCUUGGGAGGGCCCGAAACGGAGAGCUAGUUGGGCCCGGUGGAUUUGUUUUGGCGGCUCGGGUAAUAGCCGAGCAGGUGAAACACGUGGUGAAUGAUAAAGAUCGAGUCUUGGAGAGGCUCGAGGAUCGGAUUGAAGAAAUCGGGUCGAUCGUUGGGAAACGGGUUUUUUCGGUGUCCGGAUCGAAUAGGGUCGAUUUGUACGGUGCGGAUUUCGGGUUUGGGAGGGCUCGGAAAGUGGAGACAUUGUCGAUCGAUGGGGAGAAAUACGCGAUGUCGAUUUGUAAGCCAAGGGAUUUCGAAGGAGGUUUGGAGAUUGGUCUUUCUCUGCCUAAGGCUGUAAUGGAUGUUUUUGCUGGUUUGUUUAGUGAUGGGUUAAAGCCUUAA